CCGCCCUCUAUAAAUUAACCACGUGGCAAAUAGGUGAACAGGAGACUUGUACUUGCGAUCGAGUAUAUAGACUGUCGAGGAUGGCUGUUCAACGCUCAGACAGUAUAGUAAUAGCAGAGGGUGCAAUAGUUCUUGCUCAGAGGGACAAAACCUACAGACUCUUCAAGCUCAAGAAAGGAAAGAAAUUGAACUUUGACAAAGUUGGUUUCUACCCCGAUGGAGCGCUUGGAUGUUACUAUGGGAGCAGUUUCAAGGUUGACAUGAAACAGUUGGUCCUUGUGAGCGACAAUACAGAAGAACUGGCUGACAAACUAAAAGGGGAGACAAGCAGUGCAGCUGACAACAGAGGAGUAUUUGACGACGGAGCGGCACAAGGGCUCACGGAGGAAGAUGUGGUGACAAUGAAAGGACAGGGUGUCAAAGGUCAGGCUAUUGUUGAGACCAUCGUUGAGCAUAGCAGCUCAUUCAAGGAGAAGACAAAAUUCUCUCAAGAAAAGUACAUUCGCAAGAAAGAAAGGAAGCACAACCCAGUGUUCCGCAUCAUUAGACCCUCGACUCGACUCCUGUGUGAAAUGUAUCGAGAUGUAGCACCCUCCAAGAUAUGCUUUCUCCGAGAGGAUUCUCUCGCUCAGAUGCUCACCAUGAGCAAUGUACAGGCAAACUCUAAUGUGAUUGUCAUGGAGACUACCCAAGGCUUCCUCACUGGUGCCCUGCUAGAGAGAAUGGGAGGGUAUGGAAAUCUUGUCCAAAUUUUCUUUGGAGAUUUUCCUGUCAGAUUGAUUCUGAACAAUUUUGGCCACCUCUCAGAGCAAGACCUCUCCAUUCUAAAGAUGUACCCUAUACACCGAAUAGGUUCCCUGUUGAGCCCAGAGCAACAGAGCUCCUCCAUCGUACUCAGUCAAACACUGGCCGAGUUAAAAAUAGAUGUCAAUGGGGACAAAGUGAGAGGUGACGAGUGUUGCGUCCGAGAGGGGUCCAAGGAUGGGGAGGGUGUUGAGGAAAAACCGGUUAAUACUGAAAGUGAAAGAAUGUCGAUGGAUGUUGAAGUUAGUGAAACUGGGAGUGAGCAGAAAAAUGAAAAGCCAAGUGAAGACCACGACCACAACCAGCAACCUGCUUGCAAGCGUCCUAAGCUAGCUGACCACCGGUUGGAUGAAACUGGUACAAAGACACCUCAAAGAAUGGAUAAACAGGAAAAGAGGCAAAAGAAAGAAGAUGCUUACAGAGAGGCAGCUGAACUCUUGUCUCAGAAGAAAAUGGACGGGUUAGUGAUAGCAUCUCGGUUCCACCCCGAGCCAGUACUCAUGUCACUGGUUCACCUCCUUGCUCCAUCACGGCCUAUUGUCGUCUACUACCACAUACUAGAGCCUCUGAUCCAGUGCUACAAGAACCUAAAAGAAUCCGGCCUGGCGUUCAACAUCCAGAUCUCUGAGAGCUGGAUGAGACAUUAUCAGGUUCUUGAGGAGCGUACCCACCCCCUGAUGAACAUGAGUGGACACAGCGGGUAUCUAUUGACUGCUACUACCGUCAAUCAAUCACUAUAGUCUGUGUUGUUAACUGCAUUAAUUUUGUUGUGCCAUAGUGUAUAAGAAAAUGUUCAGUACUAUAA